AUGACCAUCAUAGCCUAUAACGCGAUGUUAAUUACGUUGCUCCCCGCACCAUGGCUCAUAAUCUGGUCGCCGACACGCUUCAACGCUGCGAGUAGCACUCCGAGUCAACGGGCAUGGACAAUGACCUGGCUAGCUAUGGGACAGGUCUUUGGUGUGCUUGCGAUGAGCUCGUACUCCUGGAUACGUAUACGUGUCGAUCAGUAUAUAGCAGCGGCUGGUAUGAAUCAUGAUACGUUCGCAAUAAUCAUGGUCUUUUAUGCAUGUUUGUAUACAGUUCUGCUUUCGUUUGGCGCUGUGGGCGGAAUGGUUAUGGUGGCGAAGAUGAUUAUGGAAGAUGAGUUUUGUUCGAGGAUAUAA